AUGCAGUUCAAGGUCAUUGCCGCUUCCCUCCUCGCCUCCACUGGCCUCUCCAUGGCCGCUCCUCUUGAGGCCCGCGCCGAUACUUGCCCCGUCGUCCAGCAAGGUGAUUACAUCUGGAAGAUUGACAACUUCUACGCCCGCAAGCUCGACGGCAAGACCAUCAGCUCCCUCCAGUUCAACGUCAAGGCCACCAACGGCGGCACUGCCGACUUCAACUGCACAUCCUCCGGCAACGUCGAGGACGGCAAGUUCUACGAGUGCGGCGAGAACUCCUUCAUCUACUGGGCCUACCAGAGCGACCGCUCCGGUCUCCUCCUGAGGCAGGAUGUCUCCGAUGACAUCCAGUACGUCGCUACCACCACCCUGCCUAACUACUGCCGCGCUGGUGGUGCUGGCCCCAACGACUUCGUUUGCCAGGGUGUCUCUCCCGCCUACAUCACCCUUGUCCAGUACCCCGGCAAGCUCGAGUAA